AAUACUGCUAUAGAGUGGAAAGCUUGUACACGUAGUUUGGCACUCGCAGUCGGUUGUUGGCGUUUUUAGUCUGCUGCCUGAUCUUCGACGCGCUGCAGCUGUUUUGGAGUCGCCGCGAGUGUCAUAUCUGCUGUGACCGCGAAAAUUUCCGGGCUAAAAACAGAGAUAUUGAUAUACAUAUAUAUUUCAAUAUAUCCCGCAUCUACAUUAGCCAAUUGUGAGUGAUGGUGGAGACGGCGACGACUACUACCAUAACCCGCACCACCACGGCCGUUCCGGCUGGUGCAGUAACGGUAACUGGACCCACUGCCUCGGCCACGCCCACCGCGACACAGGCGGCCGCGCAGGCGCAUCGCAACGAUGAGACCACCCGGGCCAUCUUCAAUCUGAAAGUCAUCAUCUUUCUGCUCCUGCUGCCUCUGGUCCUGCUGGCCGUCUUCCUCAAGCACCUCUUGGAUUACCUAUUCGCGCUGGGACUCAAGGAGAAGGAUGUCAGUGGCAAGGUGGCACUGGUGACCGGCGGAGGCAGCGGCCUGGGUCGCGAGAUCUGCUUGGAGCUGGCCCGACGCGGCUGCAAGCUGGCCGUAGUGGAUGUCAACUCCAGGGGCUGCUACGAAACGGUGGAGCUGCUCUCCAAGAUCCCACGCUGCGUGGCCAAGGCCUAUAAGCACGACGUGUCAUCGCCGCGCGAGCUGCAACUGAUGGCCGCCAAGGUGGAGAAGGAACUGGGUCCCGUGGACAUUCUGGUCAACAAUGCUUCCCUCAUGCCCAUGACUUCGACGCCCACCCUGAAGAGCGAUGAAAUCGACACCAUACUGCAGCUCAACUUGGGUUCCUACAUAAUGACCACCAAGGAGUUCCUGCCCAAGAUGAUUAUGCGCAAAUCCGGUCACCUGGUGGCAGUAAAUGCCUUGGCGGGUCUAGUUCCUCUGCCAGGCGCGGGCAUCUACACGGCCACCAAAUACGGCAUCGAGGGCUUCAUGGAGUCGCUGCGGGCUGAGCUGCGAUUGUCCGAUUGUGACUACGUUCGCACCACGGUGGCCAAUGCCUAUCUGAUGCGGACCAGCGGAGAUCUUCCACUGCUCAGUGAUGCCGGCAUUGCGAAGAGCUAUCCCGGACUGCCCACUCCAUAUGUGGCCGAGAAGAUUGUCAAGGGCGUGCUGCUGAACGAGCGCAUGGUGUACGUGCCAAAAAUAUUCGCACUCAGCGUGUGGCUGCUCAGACUACUGCCCACCAAGUGGCAGGAUUACAUGCUGCUCCGCUUCUACCACUUCGAUGUGCGCAGCUCCCACCUGUUUUACUGGAAAUAGAGGAGAGGAGUAACAUGCCCAUGCAGACGCAUUUACGCGGAGGACUCCUGUUUGUUUCCCAAUUGCAGUUCUUAAUUCAACUGUUGCUUACGCUAGGUGUACGUGUUUAGCUAUUUAUACGAAUCUUUAACUUAGAUUAAAUCUAUAUCCUAACAUUAGAA